AUGUGCCACGUGUGUAACUUUCCAUUUCACAAGCCCCACUGGUUCUCUCCCCACCCCCAAAACUCCAACGGUCACGACGUUUCCACCGGAGCUCUUCUUCUUCCUUCUCCUCCGAGAACACCACCAUCCAUGGCUCUCUCUCUCCACACAUACAUACCCUACAGCAACAUUCAACCAUACAAGAACACCCAUUACCUCCAAGCUUCACUAAUCUCCAAAGUAUCACAACCAUAUAAUCCCAACCGCAACAAAACGAUCAACCUCUCACCCUCCAAAAGGGUCAUCACCGUAUCAGCAAUCUCCAGCUCUCCAGGAAUUGAUUCAUCAGUGAUGAGUGAAGAGAACAAAAACUUAUUGGACAGUGUAGAAGUGUUCGAUUUAAAUGGAAACGGAAUUCCCAUUUCUGAUUUGUGGAAAGAUAGGAAAGCUGUGGUUGCAUUUGCACGCCAUUUUGGCUGUGUUCUUUGUCGAAAAAGGGCUGAUUAUCUUGCUGCCAAGAAGGAUACAAUGGAUGCAUAUGGUGUGGCACUUGUUCUAAUUGGACCUGGCAGCGUAGAUCAGGCAAGUUCAAAUGAAACUUCAUCAUUGAGUUAGUAGUCUAUUAUUUGUCAAUUGAUAAGCUUGUUUGAGGAACCAUUUAUGUCAUGGUGGGAAUUUAUUAAAUAUAUGUAUGUGUUAUAGUGUAUAAAAUAGGGUGGAUACAUAAUUUGUUGAGUCAGCAGAAUACUUGUCUAAUGCUUUCUCCAUUUUUCGCUUUUUGCACUGAAUACAAAAUUAUGUGACCAGUCGAUAGGAAUCGGAUUAUAUUUCAUUAUAGUAGGCGUAGACAUAGGGAUUAGGUGUUAUUUGU